AGGAGUCGAGGAGGGAGGGGCGGGGAGAUGAGAGGAGCGGUCCAGCGGCCUCCAGUGAGCUGGGGCUCCUGGGCGGCCUGCGAGUCAGGGCUCCCAGACACCUCCUCGAAUUGGGUCAGUCACAGGAGUGCCCAGAUGUUUUAGAACGGCGGUCCAGAACCUUUUGGGCACCAGAGACCCUUUCAUGGAAGAUAAUAUUUUCACAGAUGCGGGGAGGGGAAAGAUGGUUUCGGGAUGAUUUAUACACAUUUAUACACACAAAUAUACACACAUAUUUAUUGUACACUUUUUCUAUUAUUAUAUCAGUUCCACUUCAGAUCAUCAGGCACUAGAUCCCAGAGGUUGGGGACCCCUAUUUUAGAGGAUGACCAGUAAGCGCCUGGGAGAGGAUGGAGCACAAUUGCUAAGUUAGAAAAAGAGGCGGGGAGGAGCGGCCAUGGCUCCUCAGACCUUUGGGCGGGGCUGAAGCACUGAUUGCUGCUAGUACAGGGCCGGAAGUGGGCGUGUCAGGGCGUGUCCUCUGGCGGGAGCGACCAUUGCGGCCAGUGCAGGGGCCGGAAGUGGGUGGGGCCAGGGGUGUCCAAGGGAAGGCACUAAAUGCAGCAGGUUCGAGGACCCAAAAGAGGUGGGGCGGAGUGGGGCGGGGCCCGCGGGAGCAGUAAGGCGGCCUCCUAGGAGGCCGGAAGUGGGUGGGGCCCCCCGACGGGGGCGUGUCCGCGGGCGAGGCAGGGGGGCGGUGGCUGUUAGUCCCGCGGCUGAGGCGCGCUAGGAACUUGCCGAGCGGCCGCCGCGUAGGUCCUGAGCCAGCCAGGUUCGCUAUCGAGAUGGAGGGAUCCGUCAAGGGCAGGGCUCAGGAUCUGCAGGCCGAGCUGGAGCAGCCCGUCGGGGGCGCCGUGGGCGGGUCGCCCGAACAGCGCGCCAGCGUCCGCGGCCGCCCCAAGGAGCCAGAGGACGAGGCGGGAGACCGCGCGGACCCCUUCGAUCCCGUGGAAGGCAUCCCGAACGCGCCGCUCGGAAGGCGACCCCGCGGUGGCCCGGUGGGGGAAGGUGCGCGGCCCGAAGCGCUGGGCGAUGCGCCCCCCACGCCGCGGCCUGGCCGCACCGCGCCCCGGGACCCCGCUGCAGGCGGCUCCCCUCAGCUGCGGCGCGGCCCCGGGGGCGCGGACGGCGCGGCGGCCGAGGAGGAGGGCGCGGGCUCGCUGACGCUGGAUCCGCUGGAGCACGCGUGGAUGCUGUCGGCUGCCGACGGCCGCUGGGACAGCCUGGAGGGGCUGCUGGCCUGUGAGCCUGGGCUGCUGGCCAAGCGCGAUUUCAUCACCGGCUUUACCUGCCUGCAUUGGGCAGCCAAGCACGGCCGGCAGGAGCUGCUGGCCCUGCUGGUACGCUUCGCGGGCCAGCACCGGCUGCCGGUGAACAUCAACGCGCGCACGAGCGGCGGCUACACAGCGCUGCAUCUGGCGGCCAUGCACGGGCACGUGGAGGUGGUGAAGCUGCUGGUCGGGGCCUACGACGCGGAUGUGGACGUGCGUGACUACAGCGGCAGGAAGGCCUCGCAGUACCUGAGCCCGAGCACCGCCGAGGAGAUCCGGACGCUGGUGGGCGCCCUAGACGAGGACGAAGGCGAGAGCGCGGCGGGCAGCGGGGGAGGGCGCUGGAGGCUCUCGAGGGUGCUGCCCUCGCACCUCAUCUCCGGCAGGCUCUCCCACGCUCUGGAGGACGGCGGGGACCAUCACCACCACCUGGCCGAGGGGUUGGCGGCGAGCAAAGCGAAGGAGCCGAGUCGCAAAGUCUCGGGCAGCUCUAGUGGGCGGAUGAAACCCAGACUCAACAAAAUCCGCUUCCGAACCCAGAUCAUCCACACCACACCCUCUUUCAGAGACCCAGAGCAGCCUCUGGAGGAGGGGGAGGACGAGGAAGAGGACCGGUCUCUUAAAGGCCAUUCGUCCUCUUUCAAAUUGAGACCCAAGUCCAAUGUAUUUGGGUAAAAAUCAUUUCUUUUAGAAAGUUCUGAGACUUGUUUGUCGGCAGGAAUAGGAUACUAGGUGUAGACAAGAAAGUGAGACCAGAAAAGACGCUGAAGGCUGCAUUCUUAAUCCGAGGGGUCUCCCCAGCAAUGUGGCUGCAGUGGCUUUCCCAGUGAUUCCUCCAACCUUGACUUCGGCCCCCUGCCCCCUACAGCCUCUCUGCCCUGGAGUCGCUGUUUCGGAGGGCUAGUAAUGUAACUAAAUCCGGUGCAGAGUUGAUGAUUGCAGGUUUCUUUGAUUUAAACAUUGCCGGUUGCCAUGCAAAGUAAGGAAUAUUGCACUUUACAGUAUCUUUUUUAAAGUGGUUACUCUUCCAAAAGCUUUCCUUGUGGCUCAGCUGGUAAAGAAUCCAACUGCAAUGCGGGAGACCAGAGUUCAAUCCCUGGGUUGGGAAGAUCCCCCUGGAGAAGGGAAAGGCUACCACUCCAGUAUCCUGGCCUGGAGAAUUCCGUGGACCGUAUAGUCCAUGGGGUCGCAAGAGUCGGACACGUCUGAGCGACUCUCACUUUCACUUUGCACUCUUCCAAGAGCAAUAAGAUAGGCAAGUAGUAAUGAACUGGUAGUAUUUGUAAGUGUAAACAAAACUACAUACCGCCGUCUGUUUUUACUAAUUGCAUUUGCUUUAAGAUACUACUGAUGGCCAGGUCAGUUUACAUGCACAAAUACUAAUUAGAGAAUAAUGUGAAUACAAUUGGGAAUUCUGUUGGUACCCUACUUGUAAGUUGUGUUCAACUCUUCAAAAGCUGUUUCAGCUUUAACCACUGAACUGAAAAUACAGGCAACAUUCACUUUUGAGUUAAUCUGUUGGGUGGUUUCUUCUUAACUAUCUCUAACACCCCUGCACUCAGUAUUAAGGUACAUUAUUAAUAACUACAGGGCUUCCCUGAUAGCUCAGUUGGUAAAGAUUCCACCUGCAUUGAGGAGACCCCAGCUAAGUUCCUGGGUGGGGAAGAUCUGCUGGAGAAGGGUUAGGUUACCCACUCCAGUAUUCUUGGGCUUCCCUUGUGGCUCAGCUGUUGAAGAAUCCGCCUGCAAUGCCGGAGACCUGGGUUUGAACCCUGGGUUAGAAAGAUCCCUUGGAGAAGGGAAAGGCUACCCCAUUCCAGUAUUCUGGCCUGGAGAAUUCUGUGGAGUGUAUAAUCCAUGGGGUCUCAAAGACAGUCUGACAUGACUGAGCGACUUUCACUUUAGUAACUACACAAGUUUUUAUUUAAGAAAACACUUGUAACAACCUAUGGUACUCCUAAGAAAAUAUUGCCUCUGGUUCUUAUUCUCACAAACUUGUUUUGCUCUUGUAAAAGUCUGAAUUUUUCGGAGUUUUUGUUCUGGGGCUUAUAUAUACAACCGUUGGUUCUACUUGAUGUGACCCUCUUUGUGCUUAGAGUUGAAUUGCCUACAGAAACUGUUGCUGGUUUAGGUGAUGAGCAAAAAUUGAUGUAAAUGUUAGCUGAUGCUUCUAUGAAGUAAUUAUAAAAUCAACUUAAUGAUUCUCACAUAAGGUACACUUUUUAUUUUCAAAUGAAAUACAUUCAUAAUCUCAAUACUUUGUAGUAGUGUUUUGCAAAUGUUUAAAAUACUAAAUCCUUUUAGUUUUCAUGUUUCUUUGAAUCUAUUAGAGACAUAGAGUGAAGGUAUUGGGAAGCUGGCUAGUAAAUCUACCCAGUUAAAAAUAGCACUUUAACCAAAAAAAGGGAAAGAUAAUAGAUGGGACAUUUUCUAUAUUUAAAUGCUGCUGGCUAUUGAAUCCUUUUAUAUAUAGGUGAAAAAUAUCAUUCAUUACAAUUAAACACUUAAGUGUACUUAAUUACAUUUCAUUCAAAUAUGUUAGGGUGAAUGUCUUUAUAAUUAUUGUUAAAUUUAAUUCAGAAACAUUAAAUUCACUUGUAAUAGGAUUCAAAGUAAUUUGUGAGAGACCUAAUUCCAAAAACUCCUUCUCCCUUGGUCUUUUUUGUGUCACAGUUCCUGAAACAUGCAUUUUGCAGCCUAUGGAGAUGACAGUGUGUGUUCAUAGCUUGCAGAGUGAAUGAACCAAUACAUGAAUUGCACAGAACUGCAGUGUUUAGAGAAUUCUUAAAUCUUUGAUUUCCCAAAUUGUAAAAAUUUGUAACAAAUUGGUCACACCUCUCUAGAUAGCAGUUGAAUUUGUUUAAAGGCUAAUGAAAAGUAUCCAUAUAAACUAUUGUCCAUUCAUGUGCCUUUAGUUUUGUUUUAGGAUUACGGGAAUGGGCUAUGUACAUUUGAGAAGCACUUUUAUCCAUACAUGUAGGUGAAAAACAAUCUAAUUUUGUAUAAAUUAAAAAUAGGUUCCUAUCUAGUACAGGAUAAGUUGUAAUCUGUCACCAAGUCUUAGGCUUACAGAAGCUGAAGUGAGCCGUAAAAACACUGCAGAACCACCUCUAUGUUCUCCUGAACAGUGUUAAUCUCUUAAAUGUGUAUGGUUGGUUUAGUCACUCAGGCAUGUCUGACUCUUGCAACCCCAUGGACUAUUGCCUGCCAGGCUCCUCUGUCCAUGGAAUUUUCCAGACAAGAAUACUGGAGUGGGUUGUUGUUAGUACCUAACUGCACAAAAUCUAUAAUUUGCUAGAUCUUUAGAAACUGAAUCAAUGCUUAACUUGCUUUUCACUUUGAAGAUUUUAACUUUUCUGAUAAAAUGUACUUUAAAGUUUCAAAAAUCAUUCCUGGGGGAACAAUAUCUAGGAUUCCUUGUCAUGAGGUACUUUUGUGCAGUAAGUACAGCAUUUUCAGCUACUUAACUCUGUUCCUCUUUUUUUUUUUAAUUUCCAAAUUGAGAUUAUGAAAAGCAAGUGAUUUAUGUAGUUUGGUAUUUGUGGAGUUAUGCCUGCCAUUAAUGGAAAUAUGUAUGUCAUUUACUCAGAGGUUGUUGAUAUGAAACUGGUUAGAAAAUCCAGGUAUGUCCAUGUGUUUCUUCCAGGUGCAGUGGAGACUAGUGAGUCUGUCCCUUCACUAUUAUGGUAUAUAAAGUGCAGCUAGCUUAUACAACUUGAACAUGUGGUGCUAUUUUAUUCAUGUCUGAAAACUUGGCAUCCAAUAGGCCUUGUCUCUUAUUUUUCAAAUAAGUGAAACUUUGGGAGUUCAGAAAGUAAAAUCUAUGAAGUUUAUUUUGUCAGAAUAAAAGAUUCACACUAGAUUUUCCCUCUGAA